GACACGCAAUAUAUGACUCUGGUGCCAUGUCCGCGCUUCAUAAGCCUUCACCAAUGGGUGGAUUUGCUCUUACGCGCAGCUAUUCCUAAAACAUGCAACUAAAGAGCGCCUCUUCUGAUUCAAACCCGAACGUCCCCACUUUCAUGAAGCUCUUCUUCUUCUUGAGGCGCCAUUGCACCUCUCUCACCUCCUCCUCAAAUAUCCACAAACCCAAAAACCCACCUCCCCCACAAUCCCAAAUCCUCCUCCUCUGCAAAUCCGGCUCCCUCCUCGACGCAAUUGCCCUCCUUAACUCCACAAACCCCUCUCACAUCACCCUCAAACCACUCGUCUACGCCUCACUCCUCCAAACAAGCACCAAAGCCGUCUCACUCAUCCAUGGCCUCCAACUCCACUCCCACGUCAUCAAGUCCGGCCUCGAAACCGACCGCUUCGUCGGCAACAGCCUACUAUCUCUCUACUUCAAACUCAUCCCCAACAUGUCCCAAACCCGCAAAGUCUUCGAUGCUCUGUAUUUCAAAGACGUGAUCUCGUGGACGUCCAUGAUCACAGGCUACGUUCGCGCCGGGAAUCCCGCUGACGCCGUUGGAUUGUUUUGGGAGAUGGUGAGUCUGGGAAUUGAGCCGAAUCACUUCACUGUGUCCGCGGUUGUCAAGGCGUGUUCUCAGCUCGGCUACUUGAGGCUCGGUCGGUGCUUGCAUGGCGUUGUCGUGAGCCGUGGGUUCGAGUCCAAUCAGGUUAUUGGUACCGCCUUGAUUGACAUGUACGGUAGAAAUUUCAGGCCGGGGCAAGCUCGAGACGUGUUCGAUGAAAUGCCUGAGCCAGGGGCCAUCUGUUGGACGUCGGUUAUAUCUGCGCUUACGAGGAACGAUUUGUUUAGUGAAGCUUUGCAUUAUUUUUACUCGAUGCAGAGGUGUGGUGGGUUGUUUCCGGAUGGGUUUACGUUCGGGACUGUGUUGACUGCUUGUGCGAAUUUGGGGAGGGUGAGGCAGGGCCGAGAAAUGCACGCGAAGGUGGUCGCGUAUGGGCUUAGGGGAAAUGUGGUUGUGGAGAGUAGUUUGGUGGAUAUGUAUGGGAAAUGUGGGAGGGUGGAUGAUUCGAGAAGGGUUUUUGAUGGGAUGCCGGUGAAGAAUUCUGUUUCGUGGUCUGCGUUGCUUGGGGUGUACUGUCAAGCUGGGGAGUUUGAGGCUGUGAUUAAGAAUUUUAGGGAAAUGGAAGAGGCUGAUCUGUAUUGCUUUGGAACUGUCCUUCGUGCGUGUGCGGGUUUGGCGGCUGUGCAGCAUGGGAAAGAGGUUCACUGCCAGUACGUGAGAAGGUGUGGUUGGAGAGAUGUGAUUGUUGAGUCGGCUCUAGUUAAUCUUUAUGCGAAAUGUGGUUGCAUAGAUUUUGCGCGUAGCGUUUUCGCGCAGAUGCUGGUUAGGAAUUUGAUUACAUGGAACUCGAUGAUAUGUGGGUUUGCUCAAAAUGGGCAAGGUGAAGAAGCUCUUAAGGUAUUUGAUGAGAUGAUUAAGGAGGGAAUGAAGCCCGACUAUAUCAGCUUUAUUGGGGUUCUGUUUGCUUGUAGUCAUGCGGGUCUAGUUGAUCAAGGGCGAAAGAACUUUAGCUUGAUGACGAAGAACUAUGGGAUAAAACCUGGGAUUGAACAUUAUUGCUGCAUGGUUGAUCUCCUGGGCCGUGCUGGGCUACUGGAAGAAGCAGAGAACUUGAUAGAGAGUGCAGAUUGUAGAAAUGAUUCUUCCCUUUGGGCAGUUCUUCUAGGUGCUAGCACAACCAGUACGAACUCUGCUACUGCAGAGCGCAUAGCCAAAAAAAUGAUAGAACUGGAACCUGACUACCAUCUGAGUUAUGUUCUACUAGCUAAUGUAUACAGAUCAGUAGGCAGAUGGGAUGAUGCCAUGGAGAUUGCCAAGCUGAUGCAAGAUAGAGGCGUUAAGAAGACUCCGGCUAAGAGCUGGAUUGAGUCCAAUAGUAGAUGGCGGUCUCGUCUUCAUGUCGGUGGUGUGAACAUACCUAGAAAAAUUGAUUUUAAUGCCGUUUGGGGACAUUCUGUGAAAACAAGGAUAGACGGAAGAGAAUCAACAAUCGAAUAUCAACCCAUGUUGGAGGCUGGAGUAUAGUUGUAACAGAAGUAAUCGACAUCCCCCAUGGAACUGCCUCAUGUCCUAUGUAGAUAUUUGACGUCUUGCA